GAGAAAAAAAAAACAAAAUUGUCUCAUCAUUCAUUUCAUCUCAGUUUUGUGACUUUGUGUUAAGUUACUGAUUUUUUUUCCGUAUUAAAGAAAAGCUAUUUCAGAACAAUACUAUGUCUGCAACUGCUUUAUUUGGGAAUACUUCGGGUCUUGGAGGUAGUUCAGGCGGGAACAAACAUAUAGUUGAAUUUCGUGCUGGUAGGAUGACUCUUAAAGGACGAAUGGUUCAUCCAGACAAAAGGAAAGGCUUAUUAUAUGUUUAUCAAGGCGAAGACUCGUUGAUGCAUUUUUGUUGGAAAGAUCGUACAACCGGAGAAGUAGAAGACGAUCUCUUAAUAUUCCCUGAUGAUUGCGAAUUUGUUCGAGUAAACGAAUGUACAACAGGAAGGGUUUAUGUUCUAAAGUUCAAGUCAUUUUCGAAAAAAUAUUUCUUUUGGCUACAGGAACCUAAAACUGAUAAGGAUGAAGAUUAUUGCCGCCGGAUUAAUGAAGCCCUAAACAAUCCACCAACAUCAGGUGGGAGAGGCGGCAGUGGUAGUGGGGGGCAAGAUGGAGAGCUCCAGAAUCUUUUGAAUAACAUGUCACAGCAGCAGCUGAUGCAACUGUUUGGAGGUGUCGGACAGAUUGGUGGUUUGUCUUCCCUUCUUGGCACUAUGGGCAACAAUAGUAGCAGUGGAACAACUGGCAGUCGGGCAUCCGGCAACAGUGGCAGCAGUUCGCGGGGUGGGAGCGCACCGCGCACCACGAGCGCAGAGACAGCGCGUACGCCAGCUCGGCCGCGCUACGCGCCCGCACCCACCGCCACGCCCCCCAAUACUGCCACAGCCGCUGCGCCUGCCGCGCCCGGCGCCGCUGCCGCCGCCACUGCAGCAGGUGGACAAAUAUUUCUGUCUGACUUGCAACGUUAUUUCUCCGGCCUGGGCAACGCGCCGCCCGAGGGCGAGGGCGCCGUGAGCGGCUCCGCGGCGCCCCGCGUCGACCUCGGCGCCGCGCUGUCCGCGCCGGAGGUGGUCUCCACCGCCAGCGAGCCGCCUAACGCGCAGCGCCUGGCACCACACCUACCGCCUACGUCCGCAACCGCCGCCGCCCAGGACGAUGUAAGGACCACACUGCUCUCACCGCAGUUCGCCCAGGCGGCUAAUCAGUUUUCGUCAGCGUUGACCUCAGGUCAAAUGGCUCCUGUGAUUUCACAGUUCGGUCUUCCGACGGAUGUUACGUCGGCGGCAAACACGGGCGACAUGCAAGCUUUCUUUAAAGCAUUGGAAAGCGCGUCUGGAUCCGAGAGUUCCAGGUCUCUAGAGGGGGAUAAAAAGAAAGAUAAACCUCAAGAUGAUAAAAAUGACAAGAAAGAUGGUGAUGCUGGGAUGUCACUGGACUAAAUUUGCCUUUUUUUAUUUGUCUGUCUGAAAAACUAUCGCACUGGAUAUACUAAAAA